AUGGAUCUCCCACCAACCAUCUAUCCAUCCAUCCAUCCAUUUCUACCUCCCCACCUCCUUCCACCCACCCACCCAUCCCCCCACCCAUCCCCCCACCCAUCCCCCCACCCAUCCAUCCAUCCAUCCAUCCAUCCAUCCAUCCAUCCAUCCAUCCACUCAUCCAUCCAUCCACCCAUCCUCUCACCCAUUCCCCCAACUCAUCCAUCCACCCACCUGUUCCCUCAUUCAUCCAUCCUCCCUAUCAACUCAUCCAUUCAAAUCCAUCACUCCGUCUACCUGCCCACCCUUCUGUCUACCCAUAUAUCUAGCCACCCACCUGCUCCUUGUAACCUAGUCAUUCAUUCUUUCCAUUUAACCUUCUAUCUACUCAUCCACCCACUUGUCCACCUAUCCAUUGAUCCAUUAUCUCCUUCCAGUUUAUUCAUUCAUUUACCCAUCCACCCACUCAUCCCUCCACGCGUUCAUCCAUUUAUCUACUUAUCCAACCAUCCAUCCACCCACCUACCCACCCAUACAUCCAUUUAUCUACUUAUCCAUCCAUCCACCCACCCACCCAUACAUCCAUUUAUCUACUUAUCCAUUCAUCCAUCCAUCCACCUACCCACCCAUACAUCCAUUUAUCUACUUAUCCAUCCACACACCUACCCACCCAUACAUCCAUUUAUCUACUUAUCCAUCCGUCCACCCACCCACACAUCCAUUUAUCUACUUAUCCAUCCAUCCACCCACCCGCCUACCCACCCAUACAUCCAUUUAUCUACUUAUCCAUUCAUCCAUCCAUCCACCCACCCACCCAUACACCAUUCAUCUACUUAUCCAUUCAUCCAUCCAUCCACCUACCCACCCAUACAUCCAUUUAUCUACUUCUCUAUUCAUCCAUCCACCCACCUACCCACCCACCCACCCAUACAUCCAUUUAUCUACUUAUCCAUUCAUCCAUCCACCUACCUACCCACCCACCCACCUACCCGCCCAUACAUCCAUUUAUCUACUUAUCCAUUCAUCCAUCCACCUACCUGCUCAUACAUCCAUUUAUCUACUUAUCCAUUCAUCCAUCCACCUACCCACUCAUACAUCCAUUUAUCUACUUAUCCAUCUGUCCACCCACCCACCCAUACAUCCAUUUAUCUACUUAUCCAUUCAUCCAUCCACCCACCUAUCCACCCAUACAUCCAUUUAUCUACUUAUCCAUCCAUUCACCCACCCACCCAUACAUCCAUUUAUCUACUUAUCCAUCCAUACACCUACCCACUCACCCACACGUCCAUUUAUCUACACAUUCAUCUACCCAUGUAUCCACGCAUCCACCCAUCCAUCCACUUAUCUACUGAGCCAUUGAUUCUUCAUUAUCUCCUUCCAAUUCAUUCAUUCAUCUAACCAUCCACUUACUCACUCCUCUAUGCACCAUCAUUUUUCUGCUUGUCUACUCAUAUUCCCUCCCUCCCUCCAUCUACCCAUCAUUCCAUCCAUGUAUGCACCAUUCAUCUAUACCUCUCUUCAUUCACCUAUCCAUCCCUCCCUCCCUCCACCUACCUAUCCAUCCACCCCUUUAUCCUAUCCCCUCAUUCACCCACCGAUUCAUCUGUCCCUUCCUCCAUCCACCUACCCGUCCAUCCACCUACCUAACCAUCCAUCCAUCCAAGCAGCCAGACAGGAGUUAAGAGUCCAGAUUCUGCCAUUUGCACAAGGGUGACCUUGGAGCAGUCACUUCCCCUUCUCUAUGCCUCAGUUUCCCAUCUGUACAAUGGGGAUGUCAGCAGGCCCUCCCUCGUAGAGGUGUG